CUUUCAAUAAAAAUGGCCCAUCCAGAUUCACGAGUGGUUUUCGUGGGAAACAUUCCAUAUGGCAUGACUGAAGAAGCGCUCAUUGAAGUAUUCCGGACUGUUGGGCCUGUAGUCGGGUUUCGUCUAGUCUUUGAUCGAGAAACGGGCAAGCCAAAGGGAUAUGGGUUCUGCGAGUUCCCAGACCAUGAGACUGCCAUGUCAGCAGUACGAAACCUGCAUGGAUACGAAGUUCAAGGCCGUCCUCUACGUGUCGAUAUCGCCGAGUCCGACCCGAUGGUGGAGGGCAAAACGACUCACCAAGGUGUAAUCAACGAGCGUGACGUUCGUGCAGAUUCGGCAGGACACGGGGGCCGCUGGGGGCCUCCAAAGAACGACUUUGCCAACUUCAUGAAUGAUUUGCCAUCUGGCGUGUCGAUACCGCCGGGAAAGAGCUCGCUCGACGUCAUCAGCCAAGCGCUUGCGUCUAUUCCGCACCCGCAGUUAAUGCAGACGUUGAAUCAGAUGAAGGCCUAUGUUGGUAACUACCCAGAUCGUGCACGAGCUCUUUUGGUUGCCCAUCCUCAACUAUCCUACGCCUUCUUUCAAGCUAUGCUAAUGAACAAAAUUGUGGAUCCUGCUAUUCUUGAGCGCAUGCUCAAAGCAACUACGCAAUCAGCCGCCCCGCCCCUCCCAACUCCUGCACCUCCGCCUCCUCAACCACAGAUGUAUCCUCCUCCCAUGCAACAACAACCUGCGCAAUAUCCCCCACCUCAGUCAUACUACGGUAUGCCUCCGCCUCCGGUACCACAGGCUGUCCCACCGCCCACACCUGCGCCGGCUGCAGCUGUAGCGGCCGCGCCGUUGCCAGCGGACCAGAGGGCCAUGUUAAUGCAGGUGUUGUCGCUAUCACAGGAGCAAGUGAAUGCGUUGCCGCCAACGGAGCGGGCAGCAAUUAUGCAGUUGCGGAGCCAGUUCGCCGGUGUAUUACAUCAAUAG